AAAUCCAGAGAAGUGACCUGCUUUGCAAAGCCACAGAGAUGGCCUGUCCCUGGAAGUUUCUGUUCAAGGCCAGAUCCAACCAGUAUGACUUGACUGAGGAAACAGACCUCAACAACAAUGUGUGGAAAACCAUCCAGGCUCCCUCCAGUACAGUGACACAGGAUGAUCCCAAGGGUCACAGUCUCGGCAGGCACCGGAACGAGUCCCCCCAGCCCCUCACCGGAACGGUAAAGAAGUCUCCAGAAUCCCUAGUCAACCUGGAUGUGCCCCCAUCAGCCUGCCCACGGCAUGUGAGGAUCAAAAACUGGGGCAACGGGAUGACUUUCCAAGACACACUUCACCGCGAGGCCAAAGGGGAUGUCGCUUGCAAGUCCAAGUCUUGCCUGGGAGCCAUCAUGAACCCCAAAAGCAUGACAAGAGGACCCAGGGACAAGCCUACGCCCCCAGAUGAGCUUCUACCUCACGCUAUCGAAUUUGUCAACCAGUAUUACGGCUCCUUCAAAGAAGCAAAAAUAGAGGAACAUCUGGCCAGGCUGGAAGCCGUAACAAAGGAGAUAGAAACAACAGGAACCUACCAGCUGACGAGAGAUGAGCUCAUCUUUGCCACCAAGCAGGCCUGGCGCAAUGCCCCCCGCUGCAUCGGGAGGAUCCAGUGGUCCAACCUGCAGGUCUUUGACGCCCGGAGCUGUUCCACUGCCCAGGAAAUGUUUGAACACAUCUGCAGACACCUGCGUUACUCCACCAACAACGGCAACAUCAGGUCGGCCAUCACUGUGUUCCCCCAGCGGAGCGAUGGAAAGCAUGAUUUCCGGGUCUGGAACGCGCAGCUCAUCCGGUAUGCCGGGUACCAGAUGCCUGAUGGCACCAUCAGAGGGGACCCUGCCUCCGUGGAGUUCACCCAGCUGUGCAUCGACCUGGGCUGGAAGCCCAAGUACGGCCGCUUCGAUGUGAUGCCUCUGGUCCUGCAGGCUGAUGGCCGCGACCCUGAGCUCUUCGAAAUCCCACCUGACCUUGUGCUUGAGGUGCCCAUGGAGCAUCCCAAGUACGAGUGGUUCCGGGAGCUGGAGCUGAAGUGGUACGCCCUGCCAGCCGUGGCCAACAUGCUGCUCGAGGUGGGCGGCCUCGAGUUCCCGGGGUGCCCCUUCAACGGCUGGUACAUGGGCACGGAGAUCGGGGUCCGGGACUACUGCGACGUGCAGCGCUAUGACAUCCUGGAGGAAGUGGGCAGAAGGAUGGGCCUGGAAACGCACAAGCUGGCCUCCCUCUGGAAGGACCGGGCUGUCAUCGAGAUCAACGUGGCUGUGCUCCACAGUUUCCAGAAGCAAAAUGUGACCAUCAUGGACCACCACUCAGCUGCAGAGUCCUUCAUGAAGCACAUGCAGAAUGAGUACCGGUCCCGUGGGGGCUGCCCAGCUGACUGGGUUUGGCUGGUCCCCCCGAUUUCUGGGAGCAUCACCCCCGUGUUCCACCAGGAGAUGUUAAACUAUGUCCUGUCCCCUUUCUACUACUACCAGGUGGAGGCCUGGAAAACCCACGUCUGGCAGGAUGAGAAGCAGAGACCCCGGAGAAGAGAGAUUCGAUUCAAGGUCUUGGUUAAGGCCGUGCUCUUCGCCUCUAUGCUGAUGCGCAAGACCAUGGCAUCCCGCGUCAGAGCCACAAUCCUCUUUGCCACGGAGACGGGAAAAUCAGAAACACUGGCCAGGGACCUGGAGGCCUUAUUCAGUUGUGCCUUCAACCCCAAGGUUCUCUGCAUGGACGAGUACCGGCUGAGCAACCUGGAGGAGGAGCAGCUGCUGCUGGUGGUGACCAGCACGUUUGGGAACGGAGACUCCCCCGGCAAUGGAGAGAAACUGAAGAAAUCCCUCUUCAUACUGAAAAAGCUCACCAACAAGUUCAGGUACGCCGUGUUUGGCCUCGGCUCCAGCAUGUAUCCCCAGUUCUGCGCCUUCGCUCAUGACAUCGACCAGAAGUUGUCCCACCUGGGGGCCUCUCAGCUCGCCCCUACUGGGGAAGGGGACGAGCUCGGGGGGCAGGAGGAGGCCUUCCGCACCUGGGCCGUGCAAACCUUCAAGGCAGCCUGUGAGACGUUUGAUGUCCGAGGCAAGCAGCACAUUCAGAUCCCCAAGCUCUACACCUCCAAUGUGACGUGGGACCCGCACCACUACAGGCUCAUGCAGGACUUGCAGCCUUUGGACCUCAGCAAAGCCCUCAGCAGUAUGCACGCCAAGAAUGUGUUCACCAUGAGGCUCAAAUCGCGGCAGAAUCUACAGAGUCCAAAAUCCAGCCGCACCACCCUCCUGGUGGAACUCUCCAUUGAGGCCAGCCGAGGGCUGAGCUACCUGCCAGGGGAGCACCUUGGGGUUUUCCCAGGCAACCAGCCAGCUCUGGUCCAAGGCAUCUUAGAGCGAGUGGUGGAUGGCCCCGCACCCCACGAACCCGUGCGCCUGGAGACCCUCGACGAGAGCGGCAGCUACUGGGUCAAGGACAAGCGGCUGCCCCCCUGCUCACUCCGCCAGGCCCUCACCUACUUCCUGGACAUCACCACCCCCCCAACCCAGAUGCUGCUCCGAAAGCUGGCCCAGCUGGCCACAGAAGAGGCCGAGAGGCAGAGGCUGGAGACCCUGUGUCAGCCCUCGGAGUACAGCAAGUGGAAGUUCACCAACAGCCCCACCUUCCUGGAGGUGCUGGAGGAGUUCCCGUCCCUGCGGGUGUCUGCUGGCUUCCUGCUCUCCCAGCUCCCUAUUCUGAAACCCCGGUACUACUCCAUCAGCUCCUCCCGGGACCGCACACCCACGGAGGUCCACCUCACUGUGGCCGUGCUCACGUACCGCACCCGAGAUGGCCAGGGUCCCCUGCACCACGGCGUCUGCAGCACAUGGCUCAGCAGCCUGAAGCCCCAAGACCCGGUGCCCUGCUUUGUGCGAAGUGCCAGCGGCUUUCAGCUCCCCGAGGACCCCUCCCAUCCUUGCAUCCUCAUCGGGCCUGGCACGGGCAUCGCCCCCUUCCGCAGUUUCUGGCAGCAGCGGCUCCAUGACACCAAGCACAAAGGGCUCCAAGGUGGCCGCAUGACCCUGGUGUUCGGGUGCCGCCACCCAGAUGAGGACCACCUCUAUCGGGAAGAGAUGCUGGAGAUGGCCCAGAAGGGGGUGCUGCAUCAAGUGCACACGGCCUAUUCUCGCCUGCCUGGGCAGCCCAAGGUCUACGUUCAAGACAUCCUGCGACAGCAGCUGGCUGGUGAGGUGCUCCGCGUGCUCCAUGAGGAGCAUGGCCACCUCUAUGUCUGCGGGGACGUGCGCAUGGCCCGGGACGUGGCCCACACCCUGAAGCAGCUGGUGGCUGCCAAGCUGAGCCUGAGUGAGGAGCAGGUCGAGGACUAUUUCUUCCAGCUUAAGAGCCAGAAGCGCUACCACGAAGACAUCUUUGGUGCUGUGGUUCCCUACAGGCUGAAAAAGGAUGGGGCCGCAGGGCAUCCUAGCGAUCCCAGAGCGCCAUCAGCCCACAGGAACAGUUAAAGCUGCCGCCACAGGAUUUAAUGACAGAGCCAACUCUGGAUUACGGCCUCAAGAAAUGGAGGGAAAUUAUAUCCCCAAGCCUCACAUCUUAUUUCCCCAUCUCCUUCCCCUCAACUCUUUACAUAACCUGCUGCCAAGUAGCAGCCUGGACGGAGUGGAAGCUUUUGUCUCCCUUGAUUCCACCAUUCCCCAGACAAUGGAGAGUUGGGGCCUCCCUGGUCCCUUGGACACAAAACCUGCA